GCGAGCGUCCACUUGUCAGUCUUGUUUGUGAAGUGAAAGAAUCAACUCGGUUAAAAGGCUAGCUCCAAAAUAUUUUUUUCUCUCAAUUUUACUACUGUCGGAAAACAAAUUUUUAAAUAAACAUGGCAGUGAGUCGUUUGUCGCUUGGAAAGUUUUUGGAAUUGGUCAUCACAAUAACAUGUCUUGUGUUGCACUACAAAUCCAUGGGUGAAAGUGAUCCCCACGCUAUCAUUCUCGCCUCUGGCACCUUUGUUGGCUACACAGUCAUUUUGGUGGGAUUGUUUGCAGGAUACAUUUUGAGUACACCAAUCAACAAGCGUAUCGACAUCUUCUUCAGCUUGAUCGGCUGCGCUCUAUUCAUUGCAACUGGUGCUCUUAUUCUUCAGGAUUGGAAUGGCGGCAUUCACUCAGCCUUGAGAACUGAGACGCACAAGUUGGCUGUUGCAAAAGGCUGGUUGGCCAUUGUCAACGGAGUUCUGUUCUUCUUGGAUGUUAUUUUCACUUUCCGCGAUUAGAGGCCAUUAUUGUCUAAGCACUUAUAAGAUUUCUUACUACACAAAACUAAAUCGUAAAAUUCCUAUGUCGCACACACCGUUUUACUUCAGUUGAAUAAAAUAUCAUGAUAAAACAAUA